UCUCCCGGGGACCGACAAGCAACCACAUUACCCAAGUUUGCUGUGUUUUCACUCCAACUCUAAAAAUACAGUGCAUCUUAUUCACGGUUGCUUAUCCUGGUAUUUGACUUCUUAUUAUAGGCUACUGGAUUUGAAGAUGUGGUUGUGGAUUUUAACUGGCCUUAACUUCAUCAUGAACGUUGAUGGUUAUGCAAGUGGAGCCAUCCCAGCAGUAUGUGAAUCGAUGGUGCCUAACCAUAGGACCUUUAAGCCUAAGGAAACGACCCCCCUUUUAAUAUUUAUUACCAAGGGGGCAAUGGAACUUUUAUAGUUUCUCUCCAGGGCAACAACUCCAAUGCGUUUUUAGGAUUUAUGUUGGCGGCUCUAGAUGAUGGAGGCAAUCAUGUAGGACAUUUUAUUCCAAUUGAUUUGAAAGUUACUCGACUCCUGAAAUGCGGUGGUUUAGAAGCCUCAGCUGUCUCUCACACAAACAAUCAGGUUAAGAGGUCAUUCAGAGUUAAGUGGACAGCGCCGGAAACAUGGCAAAGCACAGAUAUCACUUUCAGAGCAACAGUUAUUCAGUCAUUUGGAACAUUCUGGGUGAAUGUGAAUUCAACUCUGAAAGCCACAACAACAACAACAACUAUUCUUACAGCUACGGAGCCAAUCUCUCAAACAAGCACUAUUCCUAAAACUACUGAGCCAAUCCCUGAAACAACCACUAUUCCUAAAACUACUACUGAGCUACUCAGUGCAAUUCCUACAACUUUUAAGCCUACAGCAAGUACUACAAGGCCUACUCCGGAGCCAUGUCAUACUAUCAAAUGCAAAAAGCCAGUCACUGUGCUCAUGGUAAUCAACAGUCUUUUGGUGGUCAUGAAAAUGGAAAUGUCAAAUAUCAUCACAACCACUGUCAGCAACAGCAUCUUAUCUCGUCGUCUAAACAGGGUAAGGCUUAAGUUAGAGUUGUAGCUCUACUUUUCUGUGAAUUCCUCAUGCAUGGGUAGUCA